AUGGCAAACAAACUUGUGAUGAACCAAAUCGAUGGUAACCUAUAUCUCGGAGACAUCGAGUGGGCCACUAAUCAUCACCAGGAGCUCAAGAAUCUGAACAUCACAUCCAUACUGUCCACGCUAUGGGCGCCCAUACCCUCGGCUCAGCGCCACCGCGACCUUCACUACCAUUUUAUCAAAGCUCAAGACUCCAAAGAUCAGGACCUGUUGUCAUACUUCCUGCACACGUACGACAUCAUUGACAGGUGUGUGCAGUCGGGCGCCGGCAUCCUGGUGCACUGCAGGGUCGGUAUCUCGCGAUCGGCCACUAUUGUGAUCGCAUACCUCAUGAGGCGCUACCGGAAGCCGUACGAAGAGAUGAGGGCUUUGGUUAAGUCGCGGCGAAACUUGAUUCACCCGAACCCGGGAUUCAUCCGUCAGUUACAGCUCUUCGAGGCCAUGGACUACACACUCGACGCGAAUAACCGCCGAUUCAGACACUAUUUGGUGAAAAAAUAUAUGAAUAAAAGCCGUUAUUUAGACAUGAAUUUGAGCCGAUUCUUCGAGAGGCUAACGGUGGCCGAGGAGGUGACCAAAGACUAUGAUUUGGGGGAACAGUACGUGUGUCGCAACUGUCACCAUAAGCUCUUCAACGAUAUUCAUGUGAUUAAAAACGACGAUCUCAUGGAUUUGGACGACUGGCAGAGCGUGUCGUGCAGUCGGGUAUACGUGGAGCCCAUGCCGUGGAUGACAGAGCUAUGGGAGGAGAGGGAGAAGGAGUCCACACCUCCCGAAGUGAGCAUCUGCUGCAAGGGUUGUCGUAAAGUUAAGGCCAAAUGCGACAAAGCGUUGACAAGCGAUGUCUGUCAUUGCGGUCUCCAUCACGGCAUCAGAGAUCGGCUUAAGAUUCAAAUGAUUGACUACUCGUUCAAGAUUUUGUGA